AUGCUCGCACAACUUAAAAGUGAGACAGAUGAAUUGAGAGAGCUUAAUGCCAGGAACAAAAACAUACUCUCUGCUUACCUAAGUGUCAAAAGACUGGUAACUGUGAUGAACUCAGUACGCAAGCAUUCUUUUACACCAGAGAGAAAAUAUACGGAUACUACAUCCGAAUACCAUAGGAUACAUAAAUCACUUUUAGACCUAGAAUUUGAACUGGGCUUCAAAAUUCGAUCACGUAAACUACAAUACUUGCCUACGGUCAAGGCGGGUGAAGCAGAAGCUGAAAAGUCAAACCUUCAAGAACCAUUACACGCGAUUCAAAUAAUUGCCCCCGAAGAUGACGAGCCUCUUGAUUCUCUCAGGGAGCGAUUGCUAUCUACCAGAAAUGAGCCCUCACAAUUGGAUUCUAUAUACACCGCUCAAAUUCAAAAUGAAGAACAUGAGUCGUUCCAAAAAGAAAUGAUAGACUCCCUACCUUUGAUGGUAUCAUCAUUGAAGAGCCAGGCUUCGAAAUUUCAGCAGAUGCUUAAAGAAGAUGCUGUUAUACUUAAAGAAGCAUCCGAGAAUUUCGAAUCAUCCAAAAACGUUUUUGAUAAGGUCAACACUACCCUAUCAAAGUACCAUCGCGAAGGCAGGCUUGGAUUGUGGUUUUAUAUUCGUGUUGUUCUUUUCGUCUUCCUAACAUUUGCGUUUUUCCUUUUCCUGAUUAGACUAGUUCCCGCAAGAUACUAG